UUUUUUUUUUUCUUUAUUUUUCUUUUUUUUUUUGCAUUAUGCCUACUAAAGAAUCUGAACAAGUAAUUUACCUUCAACAUCCUUCUGGUUCAACAGCAGAAGUUUCUCUUUUCGGUGCAACUGUUACUAGUUGGGUUGUAGAAAACGUAGAGCGUAUUUUUGUCAGUAAAAAGGCGAAGCGCGAUGGUACAAAAGCUAUUCGUGGGGGUAUUCCAAUUUGUUUCCCUAUAUUUGGCACUAAAGAAAAGAUUGAUCUUCCUCAACAUGGUUUCGCUCGUAAUCAUUAUUGGGAGUAUACUGGUAUUAUGAAGGAUGAUGAUGAUGAAGUCUCGGUUCGUUUUGGCUUAAAAGAUACACAACUUCCUCAUGAAACAAGAAAACGUUGGUCUCAUUCCUUUCGUUUACAUUACACGGUUACUUUAGGUGAAAAGACUCUCAAAACGUUCUUUAGUUUAAAGAACGAAGAUGAGGAUACAUUUGAAUUUAACAUGCUUCUUCAUACUUAUUUCUUGGUUCCUGAUAUCACAAAGGUAGCAGUUCAAGGCUUGACUUCUUGUGAAUAUAUUGAUAAAGUACAAAAUGGAAUAAACGUUACAGAAGAGAAUGAAAAGGUUACAAUUAAUGGUGAAGUUGAUAGAGUUUAUAAAAAAGUUCAAGAUAAAGUCCUUCUUGAAGUUAAUAAUGAUUCUACAAUUCAAAUUGAAAAGUUUAACUUGAAAGACACUGUUGUUUGGAAUCCUUGGAUUGAAAAGGCAAAAUCUAUGGCAGACUUUGAUGAUGAAGAAUAUAAGAAUAUGAUUUGUGUCGAAGUUGGUAGUGUCGCAGAAUGGGUUGUAUUAGCAGGUGGAAGUACUUGGACUGCUGGUCAAACCUUAACUAUCGUUUAAUGUUAAUAAUAGCAUAGCAUUUUUUUUUUUUUUUUUGCAUUAUAUACAGCCGUCCUCGCGCGAAGUUCAUUCAAUUUAUUUUUUCUAAAGAUAACUAAUAAAAUUUUCAUAAGACGUUUCCUCCU